AACCAGACCACACAAAUGACAAAACACACAAAAGUAUAUAUAUACAACGCACGGUGCAGAGCUGACACGUAGAUAGUCGUCGUUGUUUUUUUGCCGGCGGCGAGAUGGGGUCGUUGCCGGCGGCGGCGGAGGCGCGGCCGCACGCCGUGAUGGUGCCGUACCCGGCGCAGGGCCACGUCACGCCGAUGCUGACGCUGGCGAAGCUGCUAUACUCCCGCGGCUUCCACGUCACCUUCGUCAACAACGAGUUCAACCACCGCCGCCUCCUCCGCGCCCGCGGCGCCCGCGCGCUCGACGGCGCCCCCGGCUUCCGCUUCGCCGCCAUGGACGACGGCCUCCCGCCAUCCGACGCCGACGCCACCCAGGACGUCCCGGCCCUCUGCCACUCCGUCCGCACCACCUGGCUUCCCAGGUUCAUGUCGCUCCUCGCCAAGCUCGACGACGAGGCCGCCGCCGCCGCCGCCGCGGACGGCGCGGCGCGGCGCGUCACCUGCGUCGUCGCCGACAGCAACAUGGCGUUCGGCAUCCACGCCGCGCGGGAGCUCGGCCUCCGCUGCGCCACGCUCUGGACGGCCAGCGCGUGCGGGUUCAUGGGCUACUACCACUACAAACACCUGCUCGACCGCGGCCUCUUCCCCCUCAAAAGCGAGGCUGACCUCAGCAAUGGGCACUUGGACACGACGGUGGAUUGGAUCCCGGGCAUGACCGGCGACCUGCGGCUGCGCGACCUCCCGAGCUUCGUGCGGAGCACGGACCGUGACGACAUCAUGUUCAACUUCUUCGUCCACGUGACGGCGAGCAUGUCGCUGGCGGAGGCGGUGAUCAUCAACACCUUCGACGAGCUCGACGCGCCGUCGUCGCCGCUGAUGGGCGCCAUGGCCGCGCUGCUCCCGCCGAUCUACACCGUCGGCCCGCUCCACCUGGCGGCGCGGAGCAACGUGCCGGCGGACAGCCCCGUCGCCGGUGUCGGGUCCAACCUGUGGAAGGAGCAGGGCGAGGCGCUCCGGUGGCUGGACGGCCGGCCGCCGCGCUCCGUGGUGUACGUCAACUUCGGGAGCAUCACGGUGAUGUCGGCCGAGCACCUGGCGGAGUUCGCGUGGGGGCUCGCCGGCAGCGGCUACGCGUUCCUGUGGAACUUGCGCCCCGACCUCGUCAAGGGCGACGGCGGCGCCGCCCCCGCGCUGCCGCCGGAGUUCGCGGCGGCGACGAGGGAGAGGAGCAUGCUGACGACGUGGUGCCCGCAGGCGGAGGUGCUGGAGCACGAGGCGGUGGGGGUGUUCCUCACCCACUCCGGCUGGAACUCGACGCUGGAGAGCAUCGCCGGCGGCGUGCCGAUGGUGUGCUGGCCGUUCUUCGCCGAGCAGCAGACCAACUGCAGGUACAAGCGCACGGAGUGGGGGAUCGGGGCGGAGAUCCCCGACGACGUGCGGCGCGGCGAGGUGGAGGCGCUGAUACGGGAGGCCAUGGACGGGGAGAAGGGGAGGGAGAUGCGGCGGCGCGUGGCGGAGCUCAGGGAGAGCGCCGUCGCGGCGGCGAAGCCCGGUGGCCGGUCCGUGCACAACAUCGAUAGGCUCAUCGACGAGGUGCUCAUGGCUUGAGAAAUAAUAUGUAUUUUUGCUAUAUUUGUGCAUUUUGCUUAAAGAAUUAUUACACGGAGGACGCACACGUAACAGUAACACACCAGAAUAAGUCGGAAGGUUCUAUGUUUGUCAUUGUGAUGCUGGUUCUGUGGUACACUUGCCUCCAUGACUUGACA